AUGUUCAAGUCUGCGAGAUGGAGGAGCGACAAGAACAAAAUCAAAGCUGUAUUUAAAUUGCAGUUUCAUGCAACUCAGCUAACACAGGUUGGAGCAGAUGCUUUGAUGAUAGCUGUGAUUCCUAAUGAUGUUGGAAAGCCCACAACAAGAUUAGAUAAAGCAAAAGUUAGAGAUGGAAGUUGUUAUUGGGAAAAGCCACAUUAUGAAACUGUGAAGUUCACUCAAGAUCAAAAAACCGGAAAAUUCAAUGACAAAAUCUAUCGUUUUGUUGUAGCAACGGGUUCUUCGGUUUUUGGUGUUGUUGGAGAAGUUUCAAUUGAUUUUGCAAGUUAUGCUGAGGCUACAAAGCUUUCUUCUCUAUCUCUUCCUCUCAAAAAUACGAAAUCCACAAGUCUAUUACAUGUAUCAAUUCAAAGGGUGCAAGAUCAAAGGGAUGUUGAUGUUAGUGAAAGCACGAAUGUUGAUAUACAAGAAAGCAUCCGAGUUGAUCCUAUUGAAGAUCAUGGGGCUAUGAGUGAUAACAUUAACAGAGACUGCAGGGCAUCCAUUGGAUCUGAUAUCACUCUGUCAUGUUCAGAUAGCAGCUCUGGACUUGACACCCCACGAGACCCUGAACCUAAAAACACUAAUAAUAAAUCGGCUUGUGAAUCCUCAACAACAACAAUCUAUGAAGAACAGCAUCGAAAAUCAUCAUCACAAUGGGAUUGGUUAGAUGCUUCACCUCAUGAAUUAAGCACCGAUGAUUCUUCUGUAAUAAGUCCAAGAGAAACCCUUUCAAGAGAAACAUCUGAUGAAGAUUCUCCAGAUGCCAUAAUCAAAAAGCUCCAAGAAGAAGUUGCAGUUUUUGCUAGGCAAGCUGAUAUGUCAGAGAUGGAACUACAAACCCUUCGUAAGCAAAUUGUGAAAGAAAGCAAAAAGAGUCAAGAUCUUUCACGGGAAGUAGCUUUCCUUAAGGAGGAGUGUGCAAAGGUGAAGGCGUAUCAAAAACCCACAGAAGUCCAAGUCAAUGGUAAUUCAGGAGGGGAUCCAUGGGUUCUUGUUGAUGAGCUUAAACAAGAAUUGAAUUAUGAAAAGGAUUUGAAUUCCAAUCUUCGAUUACAACUUCAGAAAACUCAAGAAUCAAAUGCAGAGUUGAUUCUUGCUGUUCGGGACCUAGACGAGAUGCUGGAACAGAAAUCUUCUAUUGCUCCAAAGUCACAAGAAGUCAACUCUAAAUCCAAGACAGAUGAUGAUGAAGAUCAAAAGGCUUUAGAAGAGAUUGUUAGAGAACAUAGUGGCUUGAAAGAUGCGUAUUUACAGGAACAAAAGAUAAUCGAUCUUUAUAAUGAAAUAGAGUUAUACAAGAGAGAUAAAGAAGAGCUCGAAACACAAAUGGAACAGAUUGCACUCGAUUAUGAGAUCUUGAAGCAAGAAAACCAUGACAUGUCUUGCAAACUGGAACAAAGUCAACUUCAAGAACAGUUAAAGAUGCAAUAUGAAUGUUCAUCUCCUUACACUUCUGUAAAUGAACUCGAAUCCCAGAUAGAUCAUUUAGACAAUGAGCUCAAAACGAAAUCCAAAGAAUUGUUGAAAUCGAUUCUUACAAUCAAAGAACUUGAAACCCAUGUGAAGAAUCUUGAGGAAGAUUUGGAGAAUCAAGCUCUUGGGUUUGAGGCGGAUAUGGAAGAUCUUAUGCGUGCAAAAGUUGAACAGGAGCAGAGGGCAAUUCGGUCAGAGGAAAAUUUAAGAAAGGUGAAACUGCAGAAUGCUAAUACAGCAGGGAAACUUCAGGAGGAAUUUAGAAGGCUAUCAACAGAAAUGGCUUCGGCUUUUAAAGAAAACGAGAAUGCAGCCAUGAAAGCCAUGGAUGAAGCUUAUCAACUCCAGGUAGAAAAAAGACACCUUGAAGAGAUGCUUAAAGAAGUCCAAGAGGAGUUGCAGUAUAUUCGUGACCAAUAUGAAGACAAACUGUUUGAUCUUUCAAACCAAAUAAACCUAAAGUCAAAACAAUUAAAAGAUAUGGAAGUACAGAUUGGAAAUCUUCAAGAUGAAAGAAAGAAUCUUGAAGAUGAGGUUCAUAUGGUAAAAAUGGAAGUGGAGAGUUUAAGAAAUGAGUUGAGUGAGGUGAGAAAUGUUAAGAAAGAUAAGGAGAAUGAAGUUGAAAGGCUACAAUCUGAGAUUGAACGUUUAAAAUCUCGAUGUAAUGAAAUGAAACAGUUUGUUAAAGAGUACGAAUUGGAGAAAGGAAAUUUGAUGAAGAAAGUAUCUCAACUAAAUAAUGAUCUCAAGAAGAAAGAUGAAACAAUCAGCAGUAUAGAGAAAAAACUCAAGGAUUGUAAUAGUAAUACCAAAACAACCCCUAGAAACAAUAAACCUGUUCCUGCUUCUCGUGGCCCUAAAGAGAUUACCAAUAUGAAGGACAAUAUCAAACUACUUGAGGGUCAAAUAAAGCUUAAAGAAACUGCUUUAGAGCUUUCUGAAGCUUCUUUUCUAGAGAAAGAGAAAGAUCUUCAACAAAAAAUCCAAGAGUUGGAAAGACGAUUAGAGGUUCUUGAUCAAGACAUAAUAAGUGAUGAUGCCAUUAAGUCCGAGAUUAACAAGACUGGAAAUCAAGAAAUUUUUGAGACAUUAUCAAACAGAAACAAGUUGAUGGAAGCAACAGCUUGUAAUGACUCUAAGAAACCUCAAAAACGCAAAGAAAUGUUAGCAAAAGGUUUUCUCUAAGAUAUUACAUGUACCAUGUAGUUAGCAUGUUAAGCCUCCCAAUAAUCAGUCAAUGGUUUUGUUCUACUUUGCAUUAAAUCUUGUUGUGAGUUUUACUUAUAUAUUUAUAAAUUUAUGAGUUUGUGAAUACAAAUCUUGAAUGAAAGAGUUGUUAUAAAGUUGCAC